AUGGCGUGUGUGGCUGGUGCUGGACGGAAUACCUCCAAGAAUUGUCUCCCAGGUACCCGGGAAGACAUCCUGUCUGAAAUCAAGUGCUGGAUCCACAGCACGGAGAAGGAUGUGCCGCGCGUCUUAUGGUUGACUGGCACCGCAGGGAAAGGCAAAUCAGCCAUCGCCCAUACGAUAGCCAACUGGGAUGAGCGCGUUGACAUACGGGCUUGUUUCUGCUUCGACCACACAAAGAAAACCGAAGGCUGCCACGAAAAGAUAUUCACCACCAUCGCACGCGACUUAGCUGAUUGCGAUCCAAUCAUGCGGGAAGCAUUGGCGUGUGCAGUUCAUAAUAACAAUGAGCUCAAGCACACCAACGACAUCUCAAGACAAUGGCAGGAGUUGCUCGCAGGCCCACUUGGCGAGGCUUCCAAAGGCAUCACUGCACCCGUGCUGAUUACCAUCGAUGCGCUGGACGAG